CGUACACCAUCAGUUACUCACGUAAUAAUCGUUGGUCUGAAAGGAAGUCUCGCUUGCCAACACGAAUUUGUCUCCUUUUGGCAGAUCUUGUCAACUAUCCAAUUAUCCAGCCUUUAUCUUUUUAACAUGAGUUUAUUCAAUAUCACUCUUUAGUGUUUCCUUAUAUGGGUAAAUCUUCUUCCCCACAACUUCACUUUCAACAAGCUUCAGAUUUUGACUCAAACACUGCUUCAACCUGCUGAAUGAAAUAAAGCUGAAGCUAUGAAGAUGGUUUGUAAAGAUUGUUGCUUCAUGGAGAGGCCAUCUAGGGUUAUCUGGUUCUCUUUUUUGUUGUUUCUUUUACUGCAAAUUGAAGGUUCUUUACCAGCUUCCAAUUAUUUGAUUGGCCUUGGAAGCUAUGACAUAACGGGGCCUGCUGCUGAUGUUAACAUGAUGGGUUAUGCAAAUAUGGAACAAAUCGCAUCCGGCAUUCAUUUUAGAUUGCGUGCUAGAGCCUUUAUCGUUGCCGAACCUCAGGGGAACCGUGUUGUGUUUGUGAAUCUUGAUGCCUGUAUGGCCUCACAAAUUGUUACAAUUAAAGUACUUGAGAGAUUAAAAGCAAGGUAUGGUGAGCUUUACACAGAGAAGAAUGUUGCCAUCAGUGGCAUUCAUACUCAUGCUGGCCCUGGUGGAUAUCUUCAAUAUGUUGUGUAUAUCGUAACUUCUCUUGGAUUUGUAAGAGAGUCCUUUAAUGUUAUUGUCGACGGGAUAGAGAAAAGCAUUGUACAAGCUCAUGAAAAUCUCCGCCCAGGUUCUAUUCUGAUAAACAAUGGGGAACUCUUGGAUGCUGGUAUAAAUCGUAGUCCAAGCGCUUAUCUGAAUAAUCCAGCCGAUGAACGAAGUAAAUAUAAGUAUAACGUUGAUAAAGAAAUGACACUGAUUAAGUUCGUUGACGAGGAGUGGGGUCCCACAGGCAGCUUUAACUGGUUUGCUACCCAUGGAACUUCUAUGAGUCGUACAAACUCAUUGAUUAGUGGUGACAACAAAGGUGCUGCAGCACGAUUUAUGGAAGAUUGGUUCAAACAGACAGGUUUUAUGACAUAUUCUGAUAGCCUCUCUGUCAACAAAUCCACCAGUGAUAGAAUCCCUCGAAGAGUUUCAAGCAUCAUUCCUAACUUUGGUGACAAACGUAAGGAGUUUAUGGAACUUGCUGCUUCGUUCAAAUCUUCUCAAGGGCGACCUGCUACUAGACUUCUGAGUGUUGCAAAACGAGUUAGGAAUUCCUUAAGGCAGGCAGAUAGACCCCAGUUUGUAUCAGCAUUCUGUCAAUCAAAUUGUGGUGAUGUCAGCCCAAACACGCUUGGUGCAUUUUGCAUAGACACUGGACUGCCAUGCGAUUUCAAUCAUAGUACCUGCAAUGGGAAGAAUGAACUGUGUUAUGGCAGGGGCCCGGGCUACCCUGAUGAAUUUGAAAGUACUGAGAUCAUCGGGAAAAGGCAAUUCAAAAAGGCGGUUGAACUUUUUAAUAAUGCAACCGAAAAGUUGAAAGGAAAGGUCAGGUAUCAGCACGGCUUUCUAGAUUUCUCUAACCUUGAAGUUUCAGUUCCUAAAGUGGGAGGUGGGAGUGAGGUGGUGAAAACAUGCCCUGCAGCUAUGGGGUUUGCUUUUGCUGCUGGAACAACUGACGGUCCCGGAGCUUUUGAUUUUACACAAGGAGAUGAUCAGGGGAAUGCCUUCUGGAGAUUGGUAAGGAACGUGCUGAAAACGCCAAGUGAGGAACAGAUCAAUUGUCAGAAACCAAAGCCUAUUUUGCUUGAUACCGGUGAAAUGAAACGACCGUAUGACUGGGCACCCUCUAUACUUCCGGUUCAAAUUUUGCAGAUAGGGAAGCUUGUCAUUCUCAGUGUACCUGCAGAGUUCACAACCAUGGCUGGCAGGCUCCUCCGAGAUGCUGUUAAGACAGUGCUUACUACGGGACGCAACUGGCAAUUUGACAGCAAUGUCCAUGUUGUCAUUGCAGGGUUGACAAAUACUUAUUCCCAAUAUGUUUCCACUUUUGAGGAGUAUCAAGUGCAGAGAUAUGAGGGAGCCUCUACUCUGUAUGGACCAAACACGCUUAAUGCAUACAUACAAGAGUUCAAGAAACUUGCAGAGGCUCUUAUCAGUGGCGGAUCUUUUGAAGCAGGGCCACAGCCACCAGAUCUUCUCGAUAAGCAGAUUAGCUUAUUAACACCGGUUGUCCUCGAUGCAACCCCCCUUGGUGUGAAUUUCGGAGAUGUUAAAGCUGAUGUCUCUAAUUCCACCUUCAAGCGGGGUGAUAUGGUCUCAGUCACCUUCUGGUCUGCUUGUCCUAGGAAUGACCUCAUGACGGAGGGCACAUUCUCAUUGGUUGAACUUCUUCAAGAUCAAAAUACAUGGAUCCCGACAUACGACGACGACGAUUUUUGCUUAAGGUUUAAGUGGUCAAGGCCUGCAAAACUAAGUCCUCAGAGUUAUGCAACCAUAGAGUGGAGGAUCCCAAAAUCAGUGGUCACUGGUGUUUAUAGGAUAAGCCAUUUUGGUGCUUCGAAAUCGCUUUUUGGUUCAAUUCGCCAUUUUACAGGUACUUCAAGUGCCUUUGUAGUGGAAUAGCAAAGGGGGAGAUAUUGUAUAAGGCUUCCAUAUAUACAUUUAGUGGCACAUUGUGGUAUAGGAUACAUUUAUAUAUGUGUCUAAGGCAGAUAUGGUGUAAGAAUAAAGGAAUUGUUUAGUUGUAUUAUGUGCAAUAACACAGCCAGAUAUGGGUUAUUUAGCCA